AAAUCAGUACCUUGUAGCUCUUGCACAUGGUCGCUACCUCCAGAAACAGCAGGAAAUAAAGACAACUUCUCGGCUCAAAAAACACWCUUAAAGAUCAGAAAUACGCUUCUUUGUAGUGUCUUGUACUGAAUUGAGUUCUUUUAAGAUGGACGUCUUUGCUCGCAAGUCCUUAGAGGCCCACAAUAAAUAUCGAGCUCAGCACAACGUGCAGGCUCUCACGUGGUCUAACAGUAUUGCACGUGAAGCAGAAGCAUGGGCCAAGACUCUCGCUAAGAAAGGCAAGCUGAUGCACAACAAGGACAGGAAGUCAGGAGAAGGAGAAAAUAUAUUCAUGAGUAGUGCAGCAGACUUUGAGAGUGUUGGUGCUGAUGCUACAGACAGCUGGUACUCUGAGGUCGAGAAAUAUGACUUCAAGAGGGGUGGUCACCAGCCCCAGACCGGCCAUUUUACGCAAGUGGUAUGGAAAGAAAGCACAGAGCUUGGAAUGGGCCGCGCGAAGUCCAAAAACGGGAUGGUUUUUGUCGUAGCCCGCUAUAAACCUGCGGGAAACAAUCUGAGAGACUUUGAUAAUAAUGUGCUACCAAAGGUGUCGUCAGGUCAAAGGUCACCAGGUACGAAUAACGAGAUCAACAGUGCUAAGCAACCACAACCAGCAGAACAGAAGCCAACUUACAAAGACGAAAACAAAGGAAUGAGUCCAAUCAAUUUGACCAUUAAACCAACCACGGUUACUCUAGAUGGGAACAAUAUCUCCAAUAUUCUACAAUCUCACAACAAAUACCGUGUAAUGCAUGAUGCAGCGCCAUUGAAGUGGUCAGAGGUCUUAGCUCGAACUGCGCAGGCGUGGGCUGAGAAGAUUGCACGCGAGGGACGCCUAGUUCAUGCCAGUCGCGAGGAUAGAUACUACAAAGGCGAGAAUAUCUGCCGUAUGUGCAGCCACUUUAACACUGAUGAUGCUAUUAGAAUAUGGUACUCAGAGAGAAGUAACUAUGACUACGACAAGCCGGGAUUUGAUCUGAGCACCGGGCAUUUUACCCAGAUCGUAUGGCGGGAUACCCGGGAAGUUGGUGUGGGAAUGGCGAAGAGCCCCGAUGGGAAGUUAACUUACAUGGUGGCCCGAUACAACCCCCCGGGGAAUAUUCUCAAUAGGUUUGAGGUGAACGUUGUAUCUGACGUUCAGUGAUACUAACAGCCGAGGACUGCAGAUAAUCUGCGUCUAAUGGCUAUACGUAUUAACUCACAUUUAUAUUAUUGGCCAAUCAUUGUUUAAGUAAUUUUUCCAUCAAGUAUAAGCUUAACAUCCUCGUAAUCGAAUACCAACUUACUUACAUUUAAAAUUAUUUGUAUCACUCGCAUUCAAUCAUCCUUAAACCAUUCAAAAUCCAAUAUCUUUUUCGACUUUGCGCCUUUCAUUGUCGGUUUAUGAUUUAAUACAUUAAAUUCCUGUAAGAGUUAAUCAAAAUAACCUAUAAAUAAUGAAAAAUUAUUAUCAAUCUCCUUAAAUAAAAUAUUCGUACUUCUUUAUUAUAAGUGAUUAAAGGUUUCUAUCGCA